GUCAUUAGCUGUAGAGGAAACUCCUCUGAUCACAAGGUGUACGUGGUAUACAUGGGAGAUCUCCCUAAAGGUGGCAUCUCUGCGUCGGCACAUCACGUGAGCCUUCUACAGGCUACUCUGGGAAGCAAAAGGGCGUCGGAGUCUCUGCUCCACAGCUACAAGAGAAGCUUCAGUGGCUUUGUGGCGAAGCUAAGUGAGGAUGAGAAGAACAAAAUUGCUAGCUUGGAGGAGGUGGUUUCUGUGUUUCCUAGCACCAAAAAGCAGCUGCUCACGACGCGAUCAUGGGAUUUCAUGGGCUUUCCUGUGAACUCGGAAAGAUCUCAGACAGAGAGUGAUGUCAUUGUCGGAAUGCUAGACACCGGAAUCUGGCCUGAGUCCCAGAGUUUCAACGACACCGGCUUUGGUCCCGCGCCUGCCAAGUGGAAGGGCACUUGCCAAUCCUCAUCUAACUUCACUUGCAACAAUAAAAUCAUAGGAGCAAAGUACUACCACAGCGAUGGGAGCAUCAGCCCACCGGAUUUCCCAUCGCCGAGGGAUUCAGAAGGCCACGGAACGCACACAUCGUCCACGGCAGCCGGCGGGCUGGUCGCCGGGGCCAACAUGUACGGCUUGGCAGCCGGAACAGCGCGCGGAGGAGUUCCAUCCGCGCGCAUCGCAGUCUACAAGAUCUGCUGGUUCGACGGCUGCUCCGAUGCAGACAUUCUCGCCGCAUUCGACGACGCCAUUGCCGACGGAGUUGACAUUAUAUCCAUCUCCGUCGGUGGCUUCUUCGCCUCCGACUACUUCGAAGAUCCCAUUGCCAUUGGCGCUUUCCAUGCCAUGAAACAAGGUGUUCUGACCUCGAACUCCGCGGGGAACUCGGGGCCGGAUCCUGAGAGCAUCGUCAAUUUCUCGCCGUGGUCGCUUUCGGUUGCAGCCAGCACCAUUGAUAGGAAGUUCCUCACCAAGGUCUUGUUGGGAAACAACGCUACUUAUGAGGGAGUCACGGUAAACACAUUCACCCUACCAGAGGAGAGUUACAAUUUAGUCUAUGGAGGAAAUGUGCCCAAUACUAGUGCAGGUGUUGAUGGAUCCAUAUCAAGAUAUUGCGAAGCAGGGACGUUGGACCAAACACAAGUAAAAGGCGCCAUUGUUCUUUGCGAUGAGCUUAAUGAUGCAGAUGGACCGGCAGCUGCAGGUGCGACCGGAGCUAUAAUGAACGGAGAUAUCUUCAACGACACCGCCUUUUCAUUCCCUCUGCCGGCAUCAUACUUGUCAUUACUAGAUGGCGCUCGUGUUUACGAUUACAUCAACAAAACUAGUAAUCCCACAGCAACCAUCUUCAAGAGCACUGAAUUCAAUCAAACAGCUCCAUUUGUUGUUUCCUUUUCUUCAAGAGGCCCAAAUCCCAUCACAAGGGACAUUCUUAAGCCUGAUCUUACCGCACCAGGAGUCGAUAUUCUAGCCGCGUGGUCGGAGGCUACAACGGUCACUGGCAUCCCCGGAGAUGAUAGAGUUGUAGCGUACAACAUCAUCUCUGGAACAUCCAUGUCUUGCCCUCACGCCUCCGCUGCAGCUGCCUACGUCAAAUCCUUCAACCCUACAUGGUCCCCCGCCGCCAUCAAGUCCGCCCUAAUGACCACCGCCGCUGUGAUGACCGUGAACGAAAAUUCGGAUGGGGAGUUCGCGUACGGCUCGGGCCACAUCGACCCCCUGAAGGCGAAAACCCCGGGUCUAGUGUACGACAUCGGAGUGGCCGACUAUGUGAAGCUGCUCUGCGGGCAAGGCUACAGCAACAAAAACCUACAGCUCGUAACCGGUGACAACUCAACCUGCACGGCAGCCAACAACGGCACGGCCUACGACCUCAACUACCCGUCCUUCACACUGAGCGGCCCCGUCACAGCCGUCUUCCACAGGACUGUCACGAAUGUGGGGUCCGCGACGUCCACGUACAAGGCGGUGGUGGCUGUGCCGUCGGAGCUGACCGUGAGUGUGCAGCCGAGCACUCUGACGUUCACGUCGGUGGGGGAGAAGCAGAGCUUUGUUGUGACUGUGAGCGCCGCCAUUGCGAGUGAAAUGGUGUCAGGGUCGUUGGUGUGGGAUGAUGGAACCUACCAAGUCAGGAGCCCUAUUGUUGCUUACACUACUGAUGCUUUCUGA